AUGAGAAAGCCUGGUAAGAGUAGCAGGGAGAGGAAUGCAGAUUUCUGUUCGAAUCACAAUGAUGACGAGGACAAGUAUUUCUUCAAGGUUCUGGUUGGUGAUUUUCGUGAACGAUUGGUCAUACCUGAUAAAUUCGAGCAACAUUUCAGAGGGCUAAUAGCAAACAAUGCUAAGCUAGAAUCGCGCUGUGGAUACACUUUUGAUGUUGAAGUAGCCAAGAAUUUGGGCAAAGUAGUCCUUCAAACGGGAUGGAAGGAGUUUGUUACUGCCCAUGACUUGAACAUGGGGGACUUAUUGGUAUUCAAGUACGACGGGACUUCUCGAUUCAAGGUUUUGAUAUUUGGUCUUAGUUGUUGCGAGAAAAUGCCGCCAUGCCAUGUCAAGAGAAAUCAUAUCCGUGGGAGAGAAAGAAGGGAAGAGCUUCCCGUGAAAUCCCCUGGAAGUAAAAGGGAAGCAUGGAAGCAAAGAGAGGGAAAUAUGAAUGUCAUUCCUAGUUCAUCAACCUCCCCAUCCGACACUUCAGAAGAUCAGAAAUUACAUUGUCAAGGUUACAUCCUCCCACGGGAAACCCGUCUCACCUGUGUGCAGAUGAAGAAACUGAAAGAGAGAGUCCGAGCUAAUAGUUCUACAAUUCCCAUCUAUGGAUGCAUCAUAACGAAGAGCAGUAUUCAUGGAAAAAUGGCUAUGAUUUGUGAUCAUAAAAUUCAAUUAGAUUGGAAGAAGAGAAAAGUGAAAGAGAGAGAAAAUAGUGAAAAAGAAAAAAGUAUUAAGUGCCCUCGGAAUGCAACUGUCUUUGAUGUAGGCGUGGUAAAGAUGAGAAAGCCGGGUAAGAGAAGCAGGGAGAGGCAUGCAUAUUUCUGUUCGAAUCACAAGGAUGAGAAGGACAAGUAUUUCUUCAAGGUUCUGGUUGGUGAUUUUCGUGAACGAUUGGCCAUACCUGAUAAAUUCAUGCAACAUUUCAGAAGGCUAAUAGCGAACAGUGUUAAGAUAGAAUCACGCUGUGGACACACUUUUGAUGUUGAAGUAGCUAAGAAUCUGGGCAAAGUAGUCCUUCAAACGGGAUGGAAGGAGUUUGUUACUGCCCAUGACUUGAACAUGGGGGACUUCUUGGUUUUCAAGUACGACGGGACUUCUCGAUUGAAGGUUUUCAUAUUUGAUCUUAGUUGUUGCGAGAAAGUGCCUCCAUGCCUUGUCAAGAGAAAUCAUACCUGUGGCAGAGAAACAAGGAAAAUGCACAUUGAAAUUUCAAGCAGUUGUGGAGAUCUUCCCUUGAAUGUCACUGCUAGUUCAUCAACCUCCCCAUCCGACUCAUCAGGAGAUUCUGUAUCUCCAGAAGACCAGAAAUCACAUUAUGUUCCAGGUUACAUCCUCCCAAAGGGAACCUAUCUCACCUGUGUGCAGAUGAAGAAACUGAAAGAGAGAGUCCGAACUAGUACUUCUACUAUCCCCAUCUACGGAUGCAUCGUGAAGAAGAGCAAUCUUCGUAGGGGAUCUCAGGCUAUGCAUGUUGUUGUAGAACAGGCGUUUCCCAGCUUUAUGAGGGAGCGAGCUACGAUUUCAGAAACAGGGAUAGGGGAACUGAAGUACCAGUGGGAGGAGAAUUGGACUUCUUAG